AUGAGCAAAAGAUUCAACAAAUACCUAACUAUUACCCUAGCGGUGCUCCUUUGUUUUGCAUUUUCAUCAAAAUUGUAUCUGAAGUACACAGAGGUUUACCCAGUUCCAGAAACAUCCAACACCGCUUCAGACUCCAAAAUCAUCGAACCGAUCAAAACUCACAACGAAGGAAACGAGGGCCACGAUCCUGCAGUGCAAAAUGACGAAGAAAAAUCACAGUAUCAGCAAGUAACUACGGAAGCUAAAGACUUCACGAAAGAUGUAUUUAUCAAUAACAGACUCAAGAGCACACGAUCGCAACAAUCUGUUCUUAUAGUGUCACUGUUGGCGAAUAGCAAUUCUUUCGGUUCGGGUCGAUCAUUUGAGGAUUUUGUGAAUCUAAUAAGGUCUCUCAAGUAUGAUAGACGGGAAGUCAACCUAGCAUUCUUCUGUGGUACUCAGGAUUUGUAUGAGAGCGUUAUCACAGAAACUCAGAAGAUGUUUGAUCAGCAAAGCGAACUGGAGUUCGGCAGAGUCACCCUAAUUAGGGCACCUUUCCUCGACUCCCCAUUUAAAGCUUCGGAACACAGUCCAAAAGUGCAGAGAAAGCGCCGGCGAUUGAUAGCAAGGGCUAGAAACUUCAUACUAUUCAGCGCCUUGGAGAACGAGCCCUAUACGUUAUUCUUAGAUGCUGAUGUGGAGAAGUUUGACAAUCCUGAGAUGCUUGAACAUUUCAUUUCCAGCGGUAAAGACAUCAUAGUUCCCAGGGUGCAAAGAGGGAAAUUAAUGGAUUACGACAAAAACUCGUGGCGUGGGGAAAGAAAGACUCCAUCACCACAAGAACUCGAGAUAAUGGACCGAAACGAGUGGUCUAAAUUCAAAUUUAUUCCUAAAGAUGUACCAGGGAAGAUGUAUCAUCUAGGGGACCACUUGAAACAGCUAAAGUCACCACAGUCUGACCCAAACUUGGCACGUCCCGAUUACACAAUAGAACUAGACUCUGUUGGAGGAGCUGUUCUUUUUAUGAAGUCGCUUAUAUUUAAGCAAGGAGUGACAUUUCCACCUUAUUACAUUAUUGGAACAACAUGGCAAAGGGAAGAAGGCUACGAUGGGAUAGAAACAGAGGGAAUCUGUUACGCGGCGAAGAUUCUUGGGUACAAAUGUUGGGCAAUGCCUAAUAUGGUUGCACAACAUGUCAAUUAA